AUGAAUGAAGAGAAUAAGUAUGAAAAGGCUGAAUCUUAUCAAGCUAGAAGAGACAGUAAGAAGCAUUUCUUAUAUGAAAUCGUAUCUAAUGAGACAAACGGUAUAGAUGUGGACAAAUGGGAUUACUUUGCCAGAGACUGUCUGAAUCUUGGUAUUGCUAACAACUUUGAUUACAAAAGAUUCAUCACAUUUUCAAGGGUUGUGAAAUGUGAGAAGACUGGAAAACAUCACAUCUGUGUCCGAGACAAGGAAGUGGAAAACGCAUAUGAAAUGUUUCAUACAAGAUUUCGUCUUCAUAGACAAGCUUAUCAACAUCCAGUAAAAGUGAGUUUAGAGAUAAUGAUUGCUGAGGCGUUAACACGUGCAGGAAAUGCCUUGUGGUUCACCAAACCUGAUGGAACAUCAUUCAAGAUGGCAGAUGCUAUAAAUGACAUGGAAGCAUAUGUUCAACUGGAUGAUGGAAUAUUCAAUCACAUAAUCAGACAGUAUGAGAAUAACGAUUUCACAAGCGCGAUAAACUUUUUAGCAGAUAUCAAAGAAGUGGACGAAGAAGCCAUGAAAGCCAUUGGUUCUCUGAAGAAAUAUAUGGAGGAACGUUUUUCAAGCGAUCUAGAAUGGGCAAGAGAAUUGCUGAUAAGAGUUGUAAAACGAAACAUAUAUAAACUAGUUAAGAAAAUCCCUUUUACCGAAAAUGUGGUUAAUGUUCAGGAAUUGGCUGAUACCAUAGUGCAACAUGAUACAGACCUGACAGCUGAUGAUAUUGUACUGAAGAUUAUUAAGUUCAAUUAUGGCAUGAAGGAGAAAAACCCAAUUGACAACUUAUCAUUUUAUACAAAAGAAAAGCCAGAUGAAUCUUUCCAGAUUACUAAAAAUGAGGUGUCGUAUCUCCUGCCUAGUGUAUUUCAGGAGCAAGUUUUAUUUGUCUUUGUAAAAGAUGUCUCCAAAAGAAAAAUUGUUGAAAAAUGUAUUGAACUAUGGAAGGAGAAGGAGGAGGAGGAAAAGAAGAGGAGGACAAUGAAGAAGGAAGAACAAGUGGAUCUUCUGUGCACACCCGAACAUUCAUCUCAGAGUGAGCAACCGCGUGCCCCAAUAAAGCACAGUGAAAACAUCGGACAGAGCAAUGUGAAGAGAAGACUAGAUUUGGGCCUAAGUGUUCCCUCUCUGAAGAAGACUAAAAUAUCUAAAGUUGAUGGUGAUGAUAUCAUAGAUUAAACAUGUUAACUGCUUCACUAAGGCUGAGAAAAAUAAAUAUCUGUUUCUCGUUUCCAGGCGUAUCAUUUUGAACUAUGCACCUCAAUCGUUUUUUUCCUUCUAAAGCAUUCCAAAAUGUGCUUGUAAUCGCACUUGUCUCCAAUUUCCCCCAUUUUAGCUCAGUAUUCAAAAAAAAAAAACAUCGCCUGAUUUCUAAAAUUUCCAUGAAACAAGAAACAGAUAAUUUUUUUUUGCUUGCCUAACUAUUGUUAUUUAUUAUGGCCCAGCAUAAAGUAGACCAAUUCACUAUUUCCUUUUCUGUGUUUGAACAUACUGGUAUGGGACACUGUAAUGUUUUGUACCAAUUUAAGAUCUCAUUGACAUACCAUUUUUGUGAACAUAUCAAUUUUGAGAUUGGCAGGUAAAUAAUAACAAUAAGUCAUGAAUAUAACAAAACAGAUAUAAUUAUUUAUGUCAUUACUGAGUUAUCCUGAAAAUUUAUGUUUUUGUAGAUUAUUGAAUGUGAGCAAAGUUUCAUUCAUUAUCAACUGUGUUUUAACUAUUUUGACUGCUGGAUGCACAC